AUGACCACACCUACUAAUGAUCAGACUCUCAAGACCCCGACGGGGUCGAACGGUCCUCCACCAGUGCGGAUUCGCCGGCCAAAAGUGGCGGAUCCCCUCGUGCGACCAAAGAGGAGACCGGCAAUAAGACCCCCAGCUCCUACCUCGGCAGCAAACGGCGCAUCAAGGAUGCCUAACUCAAGACCAGUCACUUCAAGCCAGCUACCAGGGGCUCGCGUCGAGAAAAGCCUGAACCCGAAGAAUGAUUUUUCGGCAAACGGAUUCAGCGGCCCGUUGUUGUCUGAGAAUUACGUUGAUUACCCCAUCGUGACUACAAGACGAGCAUUGCGCGAAGGCUUGAAGCACCAUAUCGCCAGGUUCACCUCGAAAAAGUCCGUCGAUCCUCGCGAUGAAAGUCAGUUUACUCGCCCUGUUAGGCUCCAGCGCCGAGAUCCACGAGCACGGCCGAAUGAAGCACACGUUGAGAGAGGCCAGCUCAAUUCGAAACCCGGCUCCGAACAAAGCACCCAGAUGGACGAACUUGAACGCGAGGAGUUGGAGGCUAGGAAAGCAGCUCGUGAAAAGGAGCGCGCAGAGAACAUGGCCCAAAUAGCUCCUUCCGUCGGAUCAGCGCCGAAAAGGCAUAAUGCCCCCAAACAGAAAACUCAGCAAGUGACUAAAACAGACAUGACCCCAGAGGAGAUAGCCAGGACUCGGAUCAAGUAUGAGGAGGCCCUUCCAUGGCACUUGGAGGAUUUUGACAACAAAAAUAUAUGGGUAGGAAAUUAUGAAGCCGCGUUGUCAGAGACCCACGCAGUCUUUGUGCUUGAGAAUACAGGGAAGAUGAGAAUGAUACCGGUUGAGAAGUGGUAUCGCUUCAGUGCGAAGAAUACAUUCAAGGCUUUGACCAUAGAAGAAGCCGAGAGACUU